UAAAGGUAGAUAUUGAGCUUUCAGGGGGCCAAGAAUUCAUACCUGACCAAGGCCGGCUGGAUUCUACAACAACUUGGAAUCUUUGCUAGCAUCCUAGAAGACACGCUGGCAUCAUUUAAUAGACAUAAUUUCUAUCAAGAGAGACUGGAAGGAAAAAAAGAACUUUCAUCAAAAAGAGUAGCUUUAAAUCAAUGAUGCCUGGAGACGAAAGAGAUUGAUUUUCAUUAAAGCUACAGAGUGUAUGCGUCAAAAACACUCCACUCGAUCCUGGUUCACUGAAAGCUGUUGCACGUUGAUCGUGCAUGCUAUACGAAAUUAGUAGAGUGUCAGAAGGCCUGGCGAUGAAUUUCCACCACUGAACACACGAACUGUAGGUCUCCAGCCUUCUCGUGUGAGCAGUCUCCACCAGCUGUUUCCAGCGGCCUCAUUCGACUGAGCAGUGGUGCAUUGGACUGUUCUGCGUUGCUGGAGACAUCGCGCGGGAGAGAGAGAGAGAGGGAGUGACAAACUGUAAGAGAAACAAGAAGAAAAAGAAUACAAAGAUAGAGUAAGAGGGAGAGAGAGAGGGGGAGACGCUCAGCCUCACAGUGUAGAUAAAAUAGGAGCGAAACAACAAAAACAAAAACAACGAAACAAAACAAAACAGAACAGCAUAAAUAGGUGGAGAGAAAUAUCUAGGCUGUGGUAUGCGCGUGAGGUCAGUUGAAGUAACAGCUUGAGGUGGUGGCAGCAGACGAGUGAGCGGCAUCCGCAGCAACAGCAGCAGUAACAGCAGUGGUAAUAACAGCAGCUGCAGCAACCAGCAAACGCAACAGCUACAGCAACAUCUACUGACACCAGCCGUUGAAAUGAUGACCAGCUGUCCUGACCUACAUUAAUCAACGAGAGAUUUUGGUAUUGCAGUAACAACGUCACAUUUGUGACUCGAGUGUUUCACUGUCCUGCAUACGAGGAUCACAUUACAAGAGCUUCACAGCAACCGCCACGAUGGACGACCGAGCUGUGGCGACAGAGCAAUAUGUAGAAUUCACAUGUGGAGCGGAGAAUCUUUCUCCCUAUUCCAACACCUCCAGCUACUCAGAGCCCCCUUCAUAUUACCACACAGACUAUGAGUGGCAGCAGCAGCAACAACAGCAGUCCCACGCCCAACAAAUCCAACACCAACAGCCAAUGCUGGAGUCUGACAGACAUUUUUACCCACUGUAUGCAAGCGGCGGUGACGUGGCUUCUCAUCCGUACCCCUACUCCCAGCACCCCAGUGCGGCUGACUACUAUCAACAGACGAACGGCCUAUGGGCACCUGGGGCCACUGAUUCUAUCACGGCUAGUCAAAUGGCCACUUCCCAUCGUUUCUUCUCCGGCAUCGACGUGAGUCAGCAGUCGAGAAGUCACUCUUCUUCCACUGCAGCAAAUGGACCUAACGGAAAGCCAAAGAGGAAGAGAGUCCAGUCUCAUACUCAAAGGAAAGCAGCCAAUGUCAGGGAACGCCGACGCAUGUUCCAUUUAAACGAGGCGUUUGACGAGCUGCGAAAGAGGUUGCCAGCCUUCAACUACGAGAAGCGACUUUCUCGCAUCGAGACUCUGCGCCUGGCUAUGACCUACAUCUCCUUCAUGAAAGAAGUGAGCGUGGGGCAGGACCCUAAAUGUGUCAAGCUAAAACCACACGGCUCUGAACUGCCAGGUGACGCCUUAGGACAUAGCCCCACCUCCAAGUUGUUACACGCCGCCUUCGGAAGUGGUGAGUCGGGGGACACACUGAUGGAAGACGGGGACAGCGAUUGCAGCAAUGAUGAACAUAGUAACCACAGUGGGUGAAUCUCUCUUUACCCUCUGUUUCCUCUGUACUGUGAACUGUGGACUUCAGAGUCUGACCACGGUUGGACUCACAGACAAAUACGAUGAACUAUAAUGACGUCACUGCUCUGAAUGCCGCAAGACAUAUUAUAUUGUAUGCCUAGUAAUGCAUCAAACUUCUAAAAAAAUCUUUUAGAAUUCUGGGACUAAAGAAUGGUGAUUGCUAUAGCGAAAAUGUUGACGCUAAGGACAAACAUUAUACUGAUGCCAAAUGCUUUCUGCGUCUGGCGAUGCAGCUGAUCAAAGUGCUGGCAAACCACGACAGACGACGAAAGACUAACAAUACUGUCGUCUUGACUGCUUCGCCUUGGUUCUUUCAGUUACAUAGAAUGGUUCUUCAAAUUCAUGUCUGGCAUUGUUUGAGUGCAAAGUGAUUUUUGCCUGGAAAUGUUCUCAGUUUCUAGAAAAUCAGGUCAAAUUCAAAGUGUCUAGUCAAACGUUUUCACAUUCCUUUUCAAAGAUAACUUAUACAUAUCGUUUACUCUGUACUUGCUUGGCUUAAUACUUUUUAAUACACACUUUUCUUCGAUCACUAUAUUUAUACAUGUGCUGAGUGAAAACGCUUAGUCUUACCCCAGUUUACGACAUGAGUCUUCUGAUACCUUUAUUUUUGUCUUAUACAAACAUAUGUCAGGUAUUUUCACCUUGUGUUCAAUCAUUCCAAUGCUCUCAAAGAUUACUGUAACACAUCCCUAUAGUUGACAAAGCCAGUGAGUUCUCUCUUCCAUGAGUAUCGAUUUCGUUCUGCAUUUGCCAAGAGAGUUGCAUUCUAAACGCAAUAAGUUAAAAGAACGCCAACAACAGUGAAAAGAACUGCUGAAGCCACGAAAAGAGAACCUAAGUAUUUAAAGUCCUAUAAGUUGAAAUUACUUUUACAUUGGAAAUAGGCAGAAAAUGUCUUCAUGAAACCUCGUUCGUUACAAUGAACCAUUCGCUGUCGUUACAAAGACCUGCUUUUUAUAGAUUAAAAAUGACGGUUUUAGAGCGUUGCAAGGUGAAGGUCAUAAAUAGAACAGAAAGCUUUAGGAAAAGGGGUGGGAACAGGGUGGGUAUAAUCUGUCCAUACAUCAAAGAAAAAGCUCCGUCGACGGUAACCAAGCACAUCUCUUUUUAAUCACCCUCAUUAUCACCAGAUUCGUAUCAAUAUCGUAAUUUUCCAGAUUGUCCCAAGCUUAGCCCCAAAUUUCAACCAAUUACUCCCCCCCCCCCUUCCUUUUCACAUCUAUUUUCCCCACGAUGAUCUCAUCGUCUCCACUUAAUGAGUCAUUGCCGUGUGUGAUUACAUGAAACUUACCGUCACUUCAUCGCUAAUGACGUUAUAGAAAAAGCUGCCUCUUUAUAACUCGUGUUCUGCAUUUUUUUAAAAACCCAGUCUAGUAGUCACAGACAUAAUGCUUUAAAGGUGAGCAGAAAGUGCAGCACAAGGAAACGAAAGUAAGAUUUAGGACGUGGCGCCUGCUGUAGUUUGAACUUGAUCAAAGGGGGUAAUCGCGAUAUACUGGUAAAAGCCACUGAAAGGCAGACCGCAGAUUUUCAGAUAGAUUUGAAAAUCCAGCAUAAAUACUGUAUGAGGGAGAGCAAAUUCGCUUUUCAGAGCUCCUGUAAAAUGGCCGCUCGUCCGCUUUUGUUAGAGAAAGCGCCGUAAAGAAGGGAAGAGAAAAGAAGCUGUUGCCUGUCUGCCCUCAUCGUUUUUUCUUCGUUUGAAGAGUGGCUUCUGUAAUCCAUCACACCUUUUGUGUGUCAGUGUAAAUAACGUGCUCGUCCCGUCCCUCGUUAGAUAAUGUUCAAAGGUGUGCACAGAUACAGUUAGUCUGAGGCGCAAUGCUGUGAGCACAGACUAUCUCGUUUCUUCAGAGCAAGGUUAGCUCACUCCCUUAUCUUGAGUGUCUUUGAUUUUUUUUCGUGUGUUUUUUUUUUGGACCACAUAAUCCAAACUCUCCGAGCAGCUCAUCCCUCACCACUCCCUGUCGUCGAGCCAUUCUGGAACCACUCCCUUCUCCCUAAGCCUUAUCCCCCCACCCCCCCCCCACCCUCUCCCUAGCUUUUGGUUGACCCUGUCAUCUCAGUGUCGAUUUGUCUAGUGGUCGUUUUCAAUUCCAGAAUAUGCUCAGAGUUUUUAUUUGAGAUUUAAAAUUCGGGUAUUCACCGGCGCCUCAAGGCAGGUGCUUUGUGCAGAAACUGAAGACAGGUGAAAUGACGCGCGCGCGCGGGGGCGCGCAGUCGCACACACAGCCUGAACGUCCCUUCUCCGGGUAGGCAGAUUUAUUGAGGGCGGCAAAGCUCGAGUUACCUGCUGUGGUAGCACAGCCUUGACGUGCCGCGUUCGCCACAACCGAAGGGGGCGCGGUUCUUGUGAGGGCGGAAGGCGCAAGGACAACCGGGGCUAACUACGGUCACCCAUGACGGGCCGCUUUUGUCCGUGCUCGCCCCAAUACAGACAACUAGUUUUUGUUUGCUUUUUUCAAUAACAAAGAAAACAAUCCAUCCCUCGCGCACAAGAGUAGAAAAAACACAAUGGUACGCUUGAUGUUACGUGCCUUUCCAAACAGUUCAGUCAAUUCGUUACAUCAGUGUCAUGAGUUCUCGUUAUAACGCACCCAAUGACCCUACAGCGUCUUGCAGCCGCUUUAGUUUUUAGCAUGAUCUACCCUUCACUGCCCCCCCCUCACGAUGGAGAAAAUCCCGAAAGCCCAACUGAUAUUGAUACACGAUAUCCGUCUUUAACACCUCUCCCCUCUCCCCACUCCUGCUCACCUUCCAUCUUACUGCUCUUUUUCUACCAACCAACAUUGCGCCCAAAAUCGCACACUCAGUGAUGGAAAUUAUAAAAAUCCGAACUCCAUUCCUAUAAAUUCAAAACGUAACUCUGUCCUAUUUACAGGGGCCCAGAGGUGUGAUUGGACAAGUAAUUUUUGUGCUCAUUCUGGAUAAAAGUCUGUGACACUGUUCUCUGUCUCAUGUUUACAAAAAUGUAUGCUCUACACACCGUAAUUUAAGCAGACCAUUAACACAGUUACCCAUUGAGCUUAUUUCCUCAUUUUAUAUUAAUUAUGUACAUGUUGUUCAAUACUGCAUAACUAUAUUUCAACUCAUAUAAUAUACUGGGAAUUGACAAUUGAUUGUUUAUUUUUGCUAAUAUCACUUUACAUCAACCAAAACAGAUCUCAGUCUGGCUUGCAGCUUAUCUUACUUAAACCACUUCUUUUAUUUUGACAGCGACAGAGACUGUAGAAUGAAGCUAAAAAUAGGAUGACUUCAUAUGAUUAACACUCUCAGCUACAUAUCAUUAUAGUAUUAUUCAAAGUAGAAGGCGGCCUAAACUUAGCAGCCUGAACUUCCCUGAUGUUCUGACUUCAUUGUAACCCCGCUCCCCCUUUCCUCUUUUCCUCCAUCCCGAAUUUUACCCAAAAGAAUAUUAUUAUAUUAUAUGAAAUUUAUCGAAAUCUGUAGUAUAUAAUUUUUGUGAGGCUAUAAUAAUUUGGACAAUCUCAACAGUUUGACAUACCCGACGAACACUUUACUCGUUAGAUCUUUAUGAUAUUGUGCACUCAGCUCGUUCUUGGUGCAUUUUGCCCUCUCAAAAACAUAAAAAUUUCUUAGAUUUGCCAAGGUUUGACAGGUAACGGUUAUUCUAACAUACUAGGAGAAAUUUUUCAGUCGAAGAAUACGACGGGUUGUGCCUUUGAAUGCUGCACUGGCUCCAUGACAACACGUUAUCUCUGUUACUAUUCGUAUUCUUUACGCUUUUAUUCUGAAUUGGGUGACUCAUACCCUUUUGUCUUCCAUCUAUUCAUAUCGAUUUAUAGUGUCUCCCCCUUCACCCCCCCCCCCCCAACCUGCAAA